ACCUGUGGGUGCGCUCUGAGGGUGUACACUGCAAAAAAUAUCCAUCCGGCGAGUCACUUAGUCAAGUAGUACUGAGUGUGAAAAUGUCCUUCUCUCUCAGACGUGAAGAAAUCAUUCAGUAAGGCGAAAUUUUUUCCUGCUGGCAGCAAAUAAGUGGAUUCAUCUCGCCGCAUUGUGCAAGGGGAGGGGAAAAAAACAGAUUUUUAAAAUUGACAUUCAGACUCAACAGCUUGUCAAGACGUGGGGCACGGGUAUUUUUUGCAGCGCGGCUAAUGCUGAAGUCAUUCUCCGUCUCAUACAACAGCAGCCAAGGACAAGAGAGCAUCAGCAGAAGAGAGGGAAAAGAGGAGAGAGAAAGGUGCCUCCUCUCGCCAUUUGCGUUCAUUGUCUCGGUGCUGAAUCGAUGUCGGUGUGAAAUGCUGCUGCUCUGACGGGGAGUGCGAUAGGGAGGAGAAAGCGAGGGAUUUAACUUAAACACACGGACAAACCUAUGCGUGGAUUUCGGCUCUUUUUCCCUUCGCCAAUGCAAAAGGAAAUAUGCAGCGAAGCUUCACCAUCCUCUACACCAGUUUACUGGGGAUGUGCUUGGGUUCAAGCUCAAGUUUCCCAAGUAACAUCAAUAUAGGAGGAUUGUUCCCAACCGAAUCGCACGAAUAUGAGGUUUUUCGGUUCGCCCUCUCGCACCACCAGGACAUCCCCAAACUGGUGCCGCAGGUGGAUAUGGUCAAGAUGGGGAAUAGCUUCUCCAUGACAUAUGCCUUUUGCUCCCAGUUCUCCAAAGGUGUGUAUGCCAUCAUCGGCUUGUAUGACAGGAAGACGGUCAACAUGCUCAUGUCCUUCUGCGGAGCACUGCAUGUCUGCUUCGUCACGCCGUCCUUUCCCAUCGAGACGGCCAACCAGUUCGUCAUCCAGCUGAGGCCCGAGCUCCAGGACGCCCUGGUGGGAGUGAUCGACCACUACGGAUGGACCAAGUUUGUCUACAUGUACAGUUCUGAUUCAGGCCUGUCAGUGCUGCAGAAGGUCCUGGACACGGCAGCAGAGAGGAACUGGCUGGUGACCUCGGUUAAUGUGGAGACCAUGACUGAGGCCUCUUUCUUAAAAGUGUUCCAGGAUUUGGACAAGAGGAAGGAGGGCCAGAUUAUCAUCGACUGUGAGACUGAGAGGCUCACUGGCAUCCUCAAAAAGAUUGUUGAACAAGGCAAGAAUGCAAAGAGCUACCACUACAUCCUGGCUAACCUGGGUUUCCUGGACAUCGACCUGACAGACCUGAGGAAAGGUGGCGCGAACAUCACGGGCUUCCAGCUCGUCAAUAACUCAGAGCCCACUGUCAGCCGCGUUGUCCAGCAGUGGAUGGAGUUUGACAAUAAGGACUCCAAAGUGCCCAAGAGUGGACUCAAAUACACAGGCGCUCUAACAUAUGACGGGGUGAAAGUCAUGUCCACGGCCUUCCAGAACUUAAGGAGACAGAGGAUAGACAUUUCUCGCAGGGGCAACGCUGGAGAGUGUCUUGCCAACCCACCAGCUCCCUGGGGACAGGGCAUAGACAUCCAGAGAGCCUUGCAGCAGGUCCGUAUAGAUGGAUUGACUGGUCACAUUCAGUUCAACGAGAAAGGCCGCAGAACCAACUACACUGUUAGCGUCAUGGAACUGGCCCCAUCUGGACCCAAGAAGGUCGGCUACUGGAACGAAGAUGAGAAGUAUGUGACCACCGCCAGCUUCAUGAGAGGCAGCAAUGAGACUUACGGCCUGCAGAACAGAACCUACAUAGUCACCACUAUCUUGGAGUCUCCAUAUGUGAUGCUGAAGAAGAACCAUGAGCAGCUCGUGGGAAACGAUAAGUACGAGGGCUACAUAGUCGAGCUGGCUGCGGAGAUAGCCAAACAUGUGGGCUAUCAGUACAAACUGAAGAUUGUUUCAGAUGGCAAGUAUGGAGCCAGAGAUCCUGAAACCAAGAUGUGGAAUGGCAUGGUGGGCGAACUGGUGUAUGGGAAAGCAGACGUGGCUGUGGCCCCUCUGACCAUCACCCUGGUCCGUGAAGAAGUCAUCGACUUCUCCAAGCCCUUCAUGUCCCUCGGUAUCUCCAUCAUGAUCAAGAAACCCACCAAAUCCAAACCCGGUGUGUUUUCAUUCCUGGACCCGCUGGCUUACGAGAUCUGGAUGUGCAUAGUGUUUGCUUACAUUGGCGUCAGCGUCGUCCUCUUCCUCGUCAGUCGUUUCAGCCCGUACGAGUGGCACGCUGAGGACUACGAGGAGGGGGGUGAGCCGCAGACUCCCACCCAAGCUUCGGCCACUAACGGGGUGCAGCAGGGCCAGACACCAACGCAGCAGAACACCAACCAACAGAGUCCUGAGCAGACCAACGAGUUCGGCAUCUUCAACUCCCUUUGGUUUUCGCUGGGCGCCUUCAUGCAGCAGGGAUGCGAUAUCUCACCACGCUCUCUGUCAGGCCGCAUUGUUGGAGGCGUGUGGUGGUUCUUCACCCUUAUCAUCAUCUCAUCCUAUACUGCCAACUUGGCUGCCUUCCUGACAGUGGAGAGGAUGGUGUCUCCUAUAGAGAGUGCUGAGGAUUUGGCCAAACAGACAGAAAUCGCCUAUGGAACACUGGAUGCCGGCUCCACCAAAGAAUUCUUCAGGAGGUCUAAGAUUGCCGUGUUUGAGAAGAUGUGGUCCUACAUGAAGGCAGCUGACCCGUCCGUGUUUGUCAGGACCACAGACGAGGGUGUAAUGAGAGUCAGGAAGUCCAAGGGCAAAUAUGCCUACCUGCUGGAGUCCACUAUGAAUGAGUACAUAGAGCAGAGGAAACCCUGCGACACUAUGAAGGUGGGAGGGAACCUGGACUCUAAAGGUUAUGGCAUCGCCACACCGAAGGGCUCUCCUCUCAGAAACCCAGUAAACCUGGCAGUGUUAAAACUGAACGAGCAGGGCCUCUUGGACAAAUUGAAAAACAAGUGGUGGUACGACAAGGGAGAGUGCGGCAGCGGGGGCGGGGACUCCAAGGACAAGACAAGCGCUCUGAGCCUCAGCAAUGUGGCAGGAGUCUUCUACAUCCUGAUCGGUGGCCUGGGCCUGGCCAUGCUGGUGGCGCUGGUGGAGUUCUGCUACAAGUCCAGGACUGAGUCGCGCCGAAUGAAGCAAUCCAUCAACGACGCCAUGCGCUGCUCCACCCUGACCAGGAUGAGUGGCAACGGAGCGGCGGAGAAAACGGACGAAUCCUCACCCACGAUCCCCAAGACCGUUCAGACGCUGCCCUGUAUGAGCCACACCGCCAGCAUGGGACUGGGUGCCUCCGGCUGUGAUCAUCACAUGACUGUGCUGGCGGCGAGGAAUAGGCAGGGUGGGGCAAAAGAAGAGCACAAGACUCUAAGGACCUCAAAAGUCAUGGCUGUCCAGUUUGACCCAUCUAUUCUCCUGGCUGUCAACGCGCCCAAUUCGUUCAAGACUUUACUUACUGCCAAAAUGCACUCUCGAACCGCUCCUUACAAACUAUGAACAGAGACUCGCGACGUUUUUUUUAAGUAAGUGGAUGUUUGAAAAAGAGAUUCCGGGAAAAAAGAGGGAAAUGUGCUGCAAUAAAGAAGCCGUAAACGGGGCGUGUUUUUGAAUUUUUUACAGUGUUCAAUUAUGUGGGAAAAAAAAGAACUUUAUUCUUAAGUGUGACGCCUGCGCUGUGCCAUUUCGAUGGAGCUGUUGACGUUAGUCUGCGUGUGCAAUAUCUCUCACCUCCACUGCUGACCGUGUACUACCUAGAUGCUUCGUGAUGGCUGAUGGAACAUGUCUUUGCACAGAUGUGUCAGAGGAGGACAAACACUUGUGACUGCUACGAUGAUUUGAUAUUGUUUCGGCACAUUCCCGCCCUCUUUCACCCUCACAUUUACACGCCAUUUUGGAAGGACAGAGUGCUCUGUGUAGCAUAGCCAGUUUUUAUGAUAUAGUAUAUGGUUUACACUGUUGUAAUAGCGCAAAGAGCUUUGUCAAAAGUAGUUUGAUUUGAUUUAUCCUCGACUGAAGGUUAAUGCUGUUGAAAUCAGCGGUUGACCAGGCUACAACAAACAUGCAGUGCUGCUACACCUCAUUUAACACAUCAUGCCUUGUCUUUGUGCCAUAUGACCAUUCUCACAAAUGCACACAGAUACACUAUACACUUGCCGCUACUGGGUCAUUGGUUUGGCCAGCAGAUAGAUAGAGAGGUUUAGUGUUUAAUGAUCACAGAGCUCAGAGGGCAGAUUCAGACGUGUUCACGUUGACCUGUGAGAGAAAGAUUAGAGAAAACACACUGACACAUUACUCUGUGGCUAUGUACAGUACUGAGUGACCUUACACUGUAUUCUACUAUUGUGACAUUCAUAGCAUAUCCAUUGAUAUACUAGGGAGUCUAUGUGCAGCAUGUUAAAGAGCAAAGAUUGACAAAUCCAGAUUUAAUCUGGAGAAAAUAUUCCUCAAACUAUUGUUGGAGCUGUUGCUGCAUAAUUCACUCACUCCUGUGAUGUAUUUUCAGCUGUAUUCAGUUUUAAUGAAAUGGGCAGCGCAGCUAUUCACUCUCAAUUUAUUGAGAGUGGCAUAUCCCCUGCAGAUUGUGCGCGGCCUAUAAAAGGAAAGUUGGCCUCCCCUCACUGUUGCUAGCUAGCACAGGAAGGAGGCGGGAUUGAAACACUUGCUGUGACUGACAGAUUCACAGUCACUAUUAUCUGUGUUCAUUGGAAGUCAAGGUUACAGUGGUCACUACACGGCUCUGCUGUAGAGGUCUCCCUUUCAGAUCAUGUCAAGUAAACAGAAAUCAGAGUGGCAGGCCCUGGACUGUAGAGGGCACAGAUGACAGAGGGCAGACAGCCUGGGUUUGACAUGGAGGCCUUAAAGGAAAAUUUCACCCCAAAACAUUUCAGUACUGUAAACGAAAUGACUUUUGAUGAUGUACUUUGCAUUUCUGAGCCAUUCUGUUGGAUUUUCCCACAAGUGGUUGACCAACAGCAGAAAACCAAACUUAAGCUAAUGUUAUGAAUUUGAAUCAAAGGACAGACUGGUGAGAUAUGUUUCUUAUUUUCAACAAAUCCCAUUAAAGCACAUGACAACAAUGUGUUGCUUCACCUUGCAAAGGCCCUGAAAACCUUUUUUUCUCAGUUGGCUUCUUAAAAUGAGCAAUGAGGUCCUACAUGGACGCGAUUUUCUGACAAAAGUUCCAACAGUUUUAAUUGUUUCACGUGAAAGAUUUCAUUGUCUUUGCUCACCAUUUAUGAGUGGGGAAACAAUCGAUAAAUAACAACAACAAAAAAACUUUAAUUUUGGCUCAUUUGAGGGCCUUGAAUAUUUUUUUAUUUCCCUACCUUGUCCGUGACAUUGAGUCCCAAGCCCCUUGACUCCAACUGAAGAUUUACAUAUUUAAAAACAGAACACAAAUAUAUGGUUUCUUUCUUUCUUUUUUUUUGUUUUGACAAGCUUAAUCUUUUCUGGGCACUCCAGUUUUUAAUAAAUGUUUCUCAAACAGGAGUAAACUGUGAAUUUAGUUGGGGAUUAAUGCUUAUUUGGUGCACUAGAGACUAGAAGCCUGGUGCAAUUUACUGGCAAAAAAACAAAAAAAAAAAGUGGGGCGUUUCAUGGUAAUGAAGGAAAAUGUCAGCCAGUGAAACAAUGUGGCUCACUGAUAUGUUUUUAAUAGUUAGUAGCAGCAGAGCAGUACAUCAGGCCUUGAAUACACAAGCAGUGCUUGUUUUGUGAGAUCAAUUCAUUGUUGGUUUUGUUCUUUUCAUGGGAUUUGUCGAUAGCAAGAAAAACAGAAUAUCACCAGCAUUUUCUUUUAAGCUCUACAGUCUUGCAGGUGAAAAUUGUCAAAGCCCGAGAGAAACCAAUAACAGUUGUUCACAAUGCAUCACAGCCAGCAGCAAUGUAAAGGUUACAUUAUGUGCCUUCCUAGAAACAUGAAAAUCUCACUCCUUUGCUCUUACCCAUCAAUCUUUUGCUCUCUCCACUCACACAAAUACUCCACUGCUAAAUACAGCAAUUUCAGGUCCCUGGAUUGUCACAAACAUUGCAUUAGAUGUAUGUUUUCUUAUAUAUUACAGAAAAUAUAGGAACUGUUACAUUAAAUCUAAGCAUAUGGUGCAGGUUGAAAAAAAAAGUGGAUAAAUCAAAAUGCCAAAUUACAGUAAUUCAUAAUAACACAUGUCCUGAAAUGCACUGAACAUCAUCAUCAUCAUUACACGUGGCCGAUAUCUACGAGUCUAACAGCAUCCAAAGGUGUGAUUUUACUUUGAGGUGGCUGGAAGGUUGUUGCUCGAAAUGGGAUUUUCCCCGCUGUCUGAUGCCAGAGGUCAGCUUUAUAUUAUGUACCGCACACUCUAGCUGACCUCUCGUUUCACAGCGGAGGCCAAGCGCCUGUACAAAGGCAGCACUCAUCCUCUGCUUCCACAACUGGUCGUCUAUUGUUUUUCUUCUCCUCUGAGUUUCUGCUUUAAAAAAAAAAAAAAGUACCAAAUCAAAUGUAUGACCUCUCUCUUUCUCUACAUUGUCAUACAAGCAAGAAAAAUGGGCAGAGUUUACUGAAAUCAUACAUAUCUCCACCUAUUAUGUAUAUAAAAGGCUUUUUCUCUCCCCCAGUGAAAAUGUUUGUUCUCCUACAAAUCAUGCCUCAGUGUACCUGAAUUAGUUACCUACUGCGUGAGUACUUUUCCUUUCCUCCUUCAUCUAUGCGUCUUCUUUUGCUGAUGUUGUAUUAAUUAGGACACAGCACAGCACUCUUCAGUGGAGGCUUUACCUUCAGAAAGAUGUUUUAUAUGCCAUAACAAGAUUUGUAAAAAAAAAAUAAUAAAAAAAAUGAAGACACUCAAUGUUUGUAUUAUAAAGGAGAGUUGGGGUACCAGGAAUGUGUUAUACACUCUGAGGAGUGUAAAACACACACACACAUAGACACACACACACACAUGCUGAUGUUGAAUAAUCUGUAGACGCUAAUGUUGUUUAAAGCCAGUUUUGAGUUAGUUUUAUCUUAAUUUGUUGCCGUUUCAAAAAGGAUUCCCUGUUGGUGUUUUUUAAGUGCUUGAAAUUUAACACCAUUUAAAUAUUUCUUUGUCGUUUUCUUUUUUCACAGUAUUUUACUAUUGGAAUCUAAUCACAGUUUGUUCACCAGAAACACCAUUAUUGUUGUUUUUUUAACUUUGAAAAGGGUGUUGCUGAGUUUUAAAAUAAGAACGAUGGUCAAUAAAUGGGUUCACGGUUUAAAAAAAAAAUAAUAAUAAUAAUGAUACAGAUAUUAGAAAUCAAACUUUUGAGAAAUAAACUUUUUUUUCUAACCAAAGUGUCCUGGAAGGAAGUCAUCAUGCUUUUGUAACCGAAUAAAGGAAUAAACUAUG